GGCAAAAAGAACUCCUGCUAUAUAAGCGAAGCAAGGAUCCCCUUUUAACCCUAGAUCCUGCACUGCACUUGCUUCAUCUGAAGAACCCUAAAACCCUGGACGGACGAUUUUCCUUUUUUUGGAGGGAUUUUGGUGUUAGAUCCGAUGGGAGAAAGAGGGAACCGAGAAGGAGAUGCAUCUCCUUCGACGCCUAAAUGCAGAGAUGAAGGAGAUGCAGCUCCUUCGACGCCUAAGUCCAGAGAUAUAAGGCGUUAUUACUGCGAUUUCUGUGGGAUUUGCAGGUCUAAGAGAUCUCUUAUCGCGGCCCACCUCCUAUCUCAUCACAAGGACGAGAUGGAAGAUAAAGAAAUCAGCGACAGUGAUGAGCGUACCUCGUUGCAUACAUGCGAAGAGUGUGGUGCGAGUUUCCGGAAACCGGCCUAUCUGAAGCAACAUAUGCAAAGCCAUUCUCUUGAGAGGCCUUUUGCUUGCCCAUUGGAUAAUUGCCAUUCUAGCUAUAGACGGAAAGACCAUUUGACUCGGCACUUGCUCCAGCACCAAGGGAAACACUUCACAUGCCCGGUAGAGAGCUGCAAUCGCAAGUUCGUUUUCCAGGGAAAUAUGACACGUCAUGUGAAGGAAUUGCACGAUGAUGAGUCUCCUGUGGCUGCCAGUGAAGGUCAGAAGCAGCACAUUUGCCAGGAGUUUGGAUGUGGAAAGGCAUUUAAGUAUGCAUCGAAGUUGAGGAAGCAUGAGGAUUCACAUGUUAAACUGGAUUCUGUGGAAGCUGUCUGCCUUGAACCAGGCUGCAUGAAAACUUUCUCGAAUGCCAAAUGUCUCAAGACUCACCUCCUCUCCUGCCACCAAUAUAUUCCUUGUGAGGUCUGCGGGACUAAACAAUUGAAGAAAAAUAUCAAGCGCCAUCUACGCACCCAUGAUGAAGAAGAAGUUGAGAGGAUCAAGUGCAGUUAUGAAGGCUGCCUCCACAAAUUUUCAAAUAGAUCAAACCUCAAGCAGCAUGUAAAGGCUGUCCACCUUGAGCUCAGACCAUUUAAGUGUCGAGUCUCAGGAUGUGGGCAGAAGUUUUCCUAUAGACAUGUGAGAGAUAAUCAUGAGAGAUCCGGUGCCCAUGUUUAUAUUCAGGGCGACUUUUUAGAAUCCGAUGAGCAAUUUCGCUCGAGACCUAGGGGUGGAUGUAAAAGGAAGCUUGUGACCGUGGAGACUCUGCUGCGAAAGAGGGUUGUUCCUCCAGGUCAGGAUUCUGUUUUGGAUGAUGCAUCAAAAUACGUGAGUUGGUUGCUUUCUGAGAAUCAAGAGCCAGUUGCAGAUGUUUGAACUCCAGUCAAGGACAUCGACUUAUGUAUCAUGUCAACCUCAUUUUCUGUAUCGGAGUUUGUCUAUAUGUUUCACAUCUGGUCCCUUUUCCAUGUAUAUGUGCUAUGGAUUUCAAAUGAUAUAUAUAGUGUGAAUCUCUUCAUGUCU